AUGUCUCUCAAAGGGCAAUAUCGUCACUUGACUCUCCGUCAUGAGCAACGCAUUCUAUGCGACGAAGUCCCCAAGCUUCAACCCGGAGAAGCCCAAUUCCAUUCCUUCUAUCUCCCUUCCUUAACCGCGGGUCUGCACGAUCUUACCAUCUCGCAGACUGUCACGCCAGACAAAGAUGAUCCUAAACACGGCAAGGAGCCUCCGGCCCGAGCGAUUGACGUCAAGCGGCAGUUUGACGUCCUUGCUCCGGAAUGUGACGACCAGACGUCCACAGUCAUGUCCGUCUUCCCAGCACCAGGACAAACGGCACAGUUCCGGACGCUGCCGCACAUGGUGUUCCGUGACCCUCACCUCCCAUGGGCACGGCGUGUAUCUGAGCAGAGCCUCCCAGACAAAGAAAAGAACACGAUUCCUUGGUUUGCUCUCAUAGCUUUUACAGCAGAGGAACUCGAAUUAACGAAUAACGAAAGAGACACAAUCUUCCCGCCAGGAGUGGGAGCAACGCCCAAUGAUAACCUUGGCUGGGACAUCAGGGCCGGUGAAAUCGAGAGCAUAAAAAGCAAUGACAAGCUACUAAACACGAUCCGGAAACCCGCAGAUCGUGAUAAGCAGAUCAAAACCAGUGUUGUGGCUGUUCCUGGACCGCUGUUCAAGAAACUCUUCACCAAUUCCGAGGACCCAAAUCCAACGCAGUGCGACGUUGCCAAGUUCCGAUUUCUAUCCCAUGUCCGCACAGUCGCUACCGAAGGCACGAUGUCGGCCAUCGAGGGGGAGUCGGGGACAUUCAGUAUUGUCAUCUCGCAUCGGAUUGGCCCUGUCGAUGUAGACUCGGCCACGCCGGUCAUGGUGCACUUGGUUUCUCUCCAGGACAUUGACGGACUGAAGUUGUCAGAAGUCAAAGACAAAGUUCUCAUGACUAGCUUGUACAGCUGGACUUACACGGCUCUGCCACCUGGUUCCUUUGAUGUGCGGAGUGCGCUUCAAAAUGUCGGCACUGGUGGAAAGGGGCUUAAGGUCUUGCGAACCGACAACACCAGCACGCCCACGGCUGACAAGUCAGGGCCAGAGGCAGGCAAGGAAAACAUUAGACUAUCCAUGGAAGAGCUGGUAACGAAACGACAAAACGAUGGAUACACCCUCGUCCGACACCGCACCGUCACGGGCGAGCAAACAGCGGCCAUGUAUCGGGGGCCACUCUCUCCCACGAGAGUUGCUCAUCCAUUGAACGCCAAUGUUUCUUUCCAAUCGAACUUCGGUACAGACCUCCAGAUUCUCGAUCCCAACCUUGGACUCAUGGACAUUUCGUAUGCGACUGCCUGGCAGCUUGGCAAAACGCUGGCCAUGAGUGACCAGUCCUUUACGGCCUCAUUGGCUCGUCUUCGAACCGUGAUCCACCGAGACGCGCUCGCCAGGGCCAAGGAAGACAUUUACAAGCGGCUAGGAAGUGCAGAUUCACAGACCAUCGACACGGUGGCAUAUCACAGCCGUUCCCGCGUCGUGUCCGACAUUGGCUCGACAGUUGCUUCCCUCAACGAUAUCAACACUGCUUUGCAUGCCUCGGAAAUGCCAACCGUAGACACGAACCGGUGGAAGCGGCGCGAACCAGUUUCCGAAGUCAACCUAUCCCUCCGUUCAAACCACAUCUUCAAUCAGAUUUAUUCCCAGGCCCUGUAUGUUUCAACCGGCUUGUCGACUUCGGCUGAUGGUGGGCUGUACUGCUAUCACACCGUCCCUACAAAUACCGACUACGCAGUAGUGCAAGAGUGGGUGCUUGACAAGCUUCACCUCGCCGGCAUCCCCGCUCACCACUUCAUCCCGGACCCGUCAUAUCUCCCGCCGGAGACGAUUCGAUUCUUUCACGUCGAUGCCAAUUGGACGGACGCCAUGGUUGACGGGGCAUUGAGCCUUGCCAACCACGUCACAGACGAUCCUGCAGAAGACUUUUGCCGCAGCGCACUGAAAGCUCGGCUCAACGAGUACCUCGCGACUCCUCUCAAGGGUAUCGGAUACUGCCAGCAGAUGCCUACAUACGGCUUCUUGAUGAAGAGCCAGCUGCUAGUCCAGUUCCCUGAUAUUGCAGUUAGUGCCGAGUUUGAGGAGCAGUUCCACACGCGGGAGGACUGGGAUAAAGCCAAACCUGCCGCUCCGAUUCUGGUACAGCGAAAGUUAGCUUCAGAUGCCAUGCUGGUGCUGUUUGAUCGUGAGCCGCCUGGGUUGGUGAGUCUGAAAUUCACUCUGCCGGCGCACCAACAGACGUUUGUGGUAGCAGCAGGCCUGCAUAAAGAAGACAGGGCACAGGGUCGCAUGCAGGAUGAGAUUGAAAUUGAACAUCAAAAGAUAUUUGCGUCUGAAAAUCCAGAGACAGAUCCUAUCAAGCGGGGUGGAUGGCUGGGUGGUGGCUCAAAGACUUAUCCGAUGGGAGAAAUCUUUGACUGGCAGUCGAGGACGAUCCGCGUCGUCGAGUAUGCGAAGAAGAUACACGAAGUUCUCAGCAAGGAAAUGUUUCGAGACCCGAAGGAGGAUGGAAAGCAUGGACCCUUAGACCAGUAUACCGAACCGAAACCGACGGCAGCUGUGUUUGCUCUCCAGCUCAACGAGCCCAUCUACACACUCGUCAUUGAGCCCGCACCAAGGGAUUCCAACACAGUGGCAGGGGCAAAGACAAGGAAAGACAACCUGUCCAUUUCAGCAGACUGGGAGCACCUUUCGUUGCCUCUUCUCAGACCUGAGCAACGCACUUCAUCCUUUCGCUUCCACCCGCCCCCUUUUCCAGCACACAAAUACACUCCCUCGGCGCUGCCUUCACCACCACCCAAGCCUUUAUACCAGCCGACCAAUCUACUUCAGUACGUUCCAACGGAAUCCAUUACUCUCCCUCCAGCACCGCCGAUGCCGGCCAACCCCGAUGUGGUUGUCGCGAAUCCCAGCUUCGACCUAAAGGUCUCGCCCAUCGAAUACGACAGCUUCGUCCCUACAAACCGCACCGUCCCAUUCGACCUCAUUUUCUCCAUCCUCGUUCCUCCUGCGUCCCAGUCCACGUUCACUUACCGUCUUACCAAGCUCACCGUACGCCUCACCCUCGGGGACCUCAAAGAUGCGGGCCUUCCCAGCCCCGACGACGACAAGUCCUACCGCCCCUUGAUCGUGCGGAAGCCCAAAAACUCUGAGCCCCCGGCCCCGACCAUGCUAUCCAACUUGCGCUUCAAUGUCCUGCGGAGCUAUGACGGGGACGUGAUGAUCCUGGAGGUGGUCUCUCGAACGUUGUGGGGUGUGGACAUGUAUACGCUCAAGGAGGCGAGUUUCGUGUUGCCGAUGGUGGAGGUGAUACCCUGGGAAGUGCCGUUCGGGAAGGAUAAAGAUGGCGCGGAGAGGUAUUGGCGGACGUGGGUACAGAUGAAGAGUGAGUUCUUAAUGGGCAAUGAUCCGUUGGAGUGGGAACAUGGCAGAGAGGUUUUGUUGAAGCGGGAGGUCAAAGCGACUCCUUGA